UUAACUAGUAGUCCUUUUUGUACCGUUCAAACCCGUUCAAACUGUAUCGUAGUUACAGUAAUCGUCCCAAGUAUUGGUACGUACGAACGCUAGUACUUCGAAGUAGAAGGUAGGAAUACUAUUACUAAUGGUACGUACAAGUACCUACUAUGAGUUCAAUUUUGGAUCGGUAUUUUCACGCAACGCACAAUUGGUGCAGUUCAUGACAUUUUCAAUUUUGUACGAGUGCUCGUACACGGUGCGAAAACUCCCUUCAUCCACCGCCAUUCCGGAAAGCCGGCCAGCGCACAGCAGACUCCCCUACAGUUGUGUCGUUUCACAAAAGAAUCGUCACGAAGUAGCUGUCUCCAUUCAGCAGCUUGUCGUCGAAACGGUGAGUAAAGAUUAAAAACCUGCGACCAGUGCAAUCUCUAGCGCUCUGUGUCAUGGCAGCAUCUGCUUGACCGUCUUGGUUUCUUUCUUGAAACUUAGACAGUCGUAUCGAUGACCGGCGGAUACUACCCUCGCGUCGAUGGCCGACGUCGUUGUUGACCCAUGUUCGUCAAGAACCCCAAAUUACGGCUCCGGGUUCUUUUUUAAUGCGACCUGGCUGUCUUGAAUGCGACAGAAUGUUAUUUAAUAACUUUUGUCCGCGACCUAUAAUUUACUUAUCGACCAUCAAAUUUUAACCGUUGGAUAACGUUUUCGUUGCUUGAUGAGAUUUUUUUCACGACUUAAAACUGAUCUCUUUGCCCCUCGAAAAUGUUCUCUUCCUCUCUCUUCCCCUCUUUAGUUUCGAAGAAGGGAUCAUUUUGUUUCGGGCAGUUUAAUUUUUCGUUAAAAAAACCAAUUCGAGUCUGUUGUUUGUGACCAAAAGAUCUCGGAAAGUUUUGACCCGUUCACAAGAUGAUGGUCCCUUUUGAUGGUACGGUACCAGCGCAGCAGCAACAACAAGGGGUUGCACCGGCCCCUAUUCCACGCCCUCCAAUGCCACCCGGGCACCAAUCCGCACCUUCGUCGGGAAUGCACCAACAAAUGAAUGGACCAUAUCCUGGCAUGCAUCGCAAUGUUACGGGGGGUAUGCCGGGUGGGCAGCCAUACCAGAUGCCUCCACAAUCACCGGCUACCAGGCACAAUAACUUUUCAAUGCCCGGUGGUCCUGGUCCACACCAGGGAGGCCCUCCUCAAGGAGGGUAUUCUUCUCAUCCACCAUUACAUUCAUCAACGCAACAACCUAUGCAUCCCAAUAUGGCACCGCAGAUGCACAGGAACUCUUCUUCAAAUAUGGGAAUGCCACCUUCAAUGUCGCAACAACCGCAUGAUGGUCGAAUGAUGUCAUCAUCGUCAGGAAGAAACCAACAGUAUAAUAUGGGGAAUGCAAUGGGUGUCAACGGUGGUGGAAGUAGUCAAAACCAAAUGAACAACUCAAUGAAUGGUCGUUCAUUGAAUAGCUCGAUGGAGAAUUCGAUGAAUGGAAUGGGGAACACAAUGAAUAAUAACUCGAUGAAUGGGACGAACAGUAUGAAUGCGCCUAUGAAUAACAACAUAAACACUGCGAUGAAUGCACCGAUGGGAGGCAACUCUAUGAACGCCAUGAAUGGAAAUUCGAUGAGUGGAACUAUGAAUAACGGAAUGAACUCCUCGAGAAACAACAGUAUGAUGAAUUCAAGAGGUGGAAGUGGUAGUGGAAGUUCUGGAUUGAAUGGGAACUGGCAAACGGAUAGAGAUACGCCUCAUCGUCGAACUAUGAUACAACACAUGUAAGAGAAAGACGAUUCUAUCCAACAUGGCGACAACGAGUUUUUGAAAUCAAACGUCACUUUGGAUUUUAGAGCAAUUCUUUGUGCUCACUUAGUUUUUCUGUUUUUUCCAAAAAUGCUGCUUCUUUCAAUCAGUGUCAAAAUGCUAAAAAAAGAUAAGACAGGUUCUCCCGAGUGGCUCGAUAAGCUACCUCAAAUGGCGAAGCAGCUAGAAGUCUCUCUUUAUCGAAACGCACGAUCAUUUGAAGCUUAUGUGGACAUGACUACACUUAAACAGCGGUUGCAGCAGAUUGCCCAACAAGUAUCUCAAAAAACACGAGGCCAAGAUAGUCGGCGCGAUCGGCAGCCACAAAGUUCUAGUGGAAUGAGACAAGGUGGCACAUCUUCUUCCUACAUGAGUAAUAGUUCGGCUAACCGAACAGAUCGAAAUAGUGUCAUGAAUAGUAACGGUGUUAUGUCGAAUGCCGGCGGUGGGAUGACAGGAGCAUAUCCGCGUGCGAUGAACAACCCAAGCUCAACAAAUUCUGGUGUGCAAUCUGCUCCAGGUAUGUCGACAAACGGGGGUGGCUCUGGGAGAAACAAUGACCCUGAGUGGAAAGUACGCAUACGACAUAAGCAGCAGCGAUUAUUAUUGCUACACCAUUCUGCUAAGUGCCCGCACGAAGAUGGACUCUGUCCUAUAACGCCACACUGUGUUGACAUGAAACGAUUAUGGAGACACAUGGAAGGAUGUAAAGAUAAUCGAUGCAAUGUCAGACACUGUUUUUCAUCAAGAGCGAUUUUAAGUCACUACCGAAAGUGCAAGGACGCAGCAUGCCCUGCGUGCGGACCCGUGCGUGAGACAGUUAGGAAGUCACAAAGCAAUCGAGGAUCUACUACGAUUGGUAGUAAUAGACCAUCGUCUUCGACGGGAAAUAUGCCCAACCUGUCAAGCGGUCCGCAGCCACGAAUGAGACCUAACGACGUUGGGAACCAUUCCAAUAAUGCGUUUUCUUCCCAACCCAUGAAUGCUCAGUCAAGCUUCUCACAGCCUCAACAGCAGCAAGUUCCAAAUAUGGCGCCCCCUUCUUCAAACAAUGCAAAUUCUGGCAUGAUGUAUCCACCACCUUUGUUAGACUCAACGAAAUCAACACAGGCUUCGUACAGGUCAGGCGGGGGUGCAAUGAAUGGAGUGAUUGGAUCUGAUUUUACAUCGCCAGGAUUACCCACUUCAAGCGGAGGCCAAAGCUCAAAUUAUAAUCAGACCGCUUCAUCCUCGUCCUCCUCGAGAAGGAACGACAGCGAAUGGCAAAAAGUUCGUCACAAACAACAACGUCUGUUACUUUUGAGGCAUGCCUCUAAAUGUGAACACAAAACAAACUGCCCGGUUACCCCUCACUGUGCUAAUAUGAAAAAGUUGUGGGAGCAUAUUGCUCACUGCAAGGAUCAACAAUGCAAUGUUCCACAUUGCAUGAGUAGUAGGUAUGUCCUAAGCCACUAUCGACGGUGUAAGGACGCAAAGUGUCCUGCUUGUGGUCCUGUUCGUGAAACUAUUCGAAGAAGUGUUCGAGAGCAGGGGAAUCGUGCAGUUCAAACGUCUAGUUUACCAUCUUUUGACAACGCCGCACCACCAGAUGCUGCUCCUCCAGCAAAACGUCAAAAAUUACCCACCCCGAGAAAGCCACAAGCACCGGCUGUUGUCCCAUCUACCAAACCAAAACCUGUACCUAGCGUCGUUGCACCUCCAAAGGUCACAAAAGCUCCUUCUCCUGCACCUCCAACAAACAAAGGUUCCGAAGAUCGAUCGUUGUUGGAUAGCUUCACGCUCGAACAGAUUGAAACACACCUUGCAUCUUUGAAUAGAGUGGCUGAACUUUCGCCUGCAAAAUGGAAGAAAGUAUGUCUUGAAGUCUUAAAGGGGCUUCAAACUCAUGAACAUGGUUGGGUUUUUAAUUCACCUGUCGAUCCUGUCGAACUGAAUUUAACUGACUACUUUGAAAUCAUCAAAAAUCCGAUGGAUCUUGGCAGUAUCCAGAAAAAGUUGGAGAAAGGUGAAUAUCAUGCCAUCAAAGACUUCCAAUCAGAUGUGAAUCUAAGUUUCGAUAAUGCGAUCUUGUAUAAUGGCAAAGGUACAGUUGUUUAUGACAUGGCGAAAGAACUGAAAAAAAAAUUUGAAGUCGAUUACAGUAAACUUGUGGAGCAGCUCAAGAAUGGAAAACAGAAUGAAAGAGCUUGUAUCCUUUGUGGUUGUGAAAAACGAUUGUUUGAACCACCUGUAUUCUUUUGCAACGGCAUGAAUUGUGCGAGUAAACGAAUUCGACGUAACAGCCACUUCUACAUCGGUGGGAACAAUCAAUACUAUUGGUGUAAUCAAUGUUAUAACGACCUUGACCCGAAAGCAUCCAUUGACAUGAUUGACUUGUCGGUGAAAAAAUCUGAUCUGAAGAAGAAGAAAAACGAUGAAAUAGUGGAAGAGAGCUGGGUACAGUGUGACAUCUGUGAAAGAUGGAUACACCAGAUUUGUGGUCUUUUUAAUACAAGACAAAACAAGGAGCAUCAUAGUGAAUACUGUUGUCCGCUUUGUUUGUUGGACAAGCGGAAAGUGGACAAAAAACCACCGCUACCUAGACCUGCUGGUGCAACAGAGCUACCGAGGACCAAACUCUCCGAAUUUAUAGAGGCUCGUGUGAAGAAAAAGAUAGAAGGUAGACAACAGAAGGUGGCGAGCGAAAAGUCUCUGACUCAGGUAAGCUUGUCCCUGUGUGAUUGAUUGGUGUACGAAUAUGAAUAUAAUUUUAUUUUUUCUCACGCAAUUGUUAUUUUCACAGAACAUUUCUAUGGAGGAAGCAAUGAAAGAAACGAAGGCAGACGGUGGGCCUGUAACCAUACGCCAGGUCACCUCAAUGGACAGGAAAUUAGAAGUCUUCGAACGGAUGAGGAAAAAGUACGCUCACAAGAAAUACCCUGAAGAAUUCACAUUUCGAUGUAAAUGCCUCCUUGUUUUUCAAGAAAUUGAUGGUGUAGAUGUCGUUCUGUUUGCUCUUUAUUUGUACGAGCACGGCGAGGAUAAUCCCUUACCAAACAAACGUACUGUUUAUAUAUCAUACCUCGAUAAUGUUCAUUACAUGAGGCCGAGGAAAAUUAGAACCUUCGUAUACCACGAAAUUCUAAUUUCUUACCUUGAUUAUGCAAGACAGCGAGGAUUCGCGACAGUCCAUAUCUGGGCAUGCCCGCCGUUAAAGGGCGACGACUACGUUUUCUACGCAAAACCAGAUGAUCAAAAAACUCCAAGGGACUCGAGAUUGAGGCAAUGGUAUCUUGACAUGUUGACUGAAUGUCAGAAUCGUGGAAUUGUCGGAAAAGUAACAAACAUGUAUGACCUAUACUUCGCAAAUGAGUCCCUCGAUGCGACCACCGUGCCGUAUCAUGAAGGUGAUUAUUUCCCUGGAGAAGCAGAGAAUAUUAUUAAAAAGCUCGAGGAUGAUUCAGGAAAGAAGAACGGAAGUAGUGGGAAGAAAAAGAAACAAAAAAAUCAGAGCAAGUCAAAGAAUCGAGGUGGUACAAGGUCGACAGGAGUCGACGAGGAAGCACUGAUUGCCAGCGGUAUGAUUAAUGCGAAAGAUUUGGAUCGAGACAAAGUAAUGGUUAAGCUGGGAGAGUCCAUCCUGCCAAUGAAGGAGAGUUUCCUCGUAGCAUUUUUGAUGUGGUCAGGCGUGAAGGAAGAAGACACAGUAGUACCAGAAGAAAUCGUUAAGUACAGAGAAGAACAUCCCGAGAUGCAGGCACCGUUGGCAGCUAGUAACAAGCGUAAUGUCGAUGGGCUUAUGAAAGAAGACGCUCCGUUGGUAGAUUCAAAUGGUUGCCCAAUAAAGGUUAUCGAUGAUGAUGCAGAAGAUCUUGACUGCGAAAUAUUGAAUAACCGUCAAGCAUUCUUGAACCUUUGCAAAGGAAAUCAUUAUCAGUUUGAUGAAUUGCGUCGUGCUAAGCAUACAUCGAUGAUGGUCCUGUGGCAUCUCCAGAACCGUGAUGCUCCCAAGUACGUUCAACAAUGUGUUGCCUGUAGUCGCGAAAUUCUAAGCGGAAAACGCUAUCACUGUAAUUUCUGUCCCGAUUAUGAUCUCUGCGAGACAUGCUACAAGGAUCCCAAUACAAAUCGUGGAACGUGUACACACAAGCUUGAAGAAGUCAAACUAUCCGAUGGUCAAUCCGAAUCAAGUGGGCUAACGGCGGCAGAAAGAAAGCAGCGUCAACGUAACCUAGUGCUUCAUAUUCAACUGAUUGAGCAUGCCUCUCAGUGCAAAUCCAAAGGUUGUAAUUCAAAGAAUUGUGCAAAGAUGAAAGAGUAUUUACAGCACGCUCAUACUUGCAAGGUAAGACAAUCUGGUUUUUGCUCUCGUUCUCUAUAUGAAUUUUUUCAAACGCUUGUACUCAAUCCUUUUUUUUGGGCACAUAGACGAAGGUCGUAGGAGGAUGCAGAAUAUGUAAGCGGAUCUGGACCCUAUUGCGCAUACACGCCCAGAAGUGCAAAGAGGCGGUUUGCCCAGUCCCCCAGUGUAAGACAAUUAGAGACAAAAUGCGAGAACUUCGGAAGCAACAGCAGGCUAUGGAUGACCGUCGUCGUCAAGAAAUGAAUCGACAUUAUCGUCGUGGUAAUGAAUAAUUAAAUUGGCAUAGAAUAACAGCGUACAUAUACUCAGGUUCUUGUCAUGAUACAUUUUGAUUGUACUGAUCCAAGUUAACAAUAUAGUUACGUUUAAAUA